AUGGUCAACUUGGAUGAAUUCCUUGUCGUUGUAGCUCAAGCGACAGAUGACUUUCAUGAGAAUAAUGAUCUUUCUGAUUAUGGCUUGAUGAGGUUUACAUUUAACAAUCCAGUGGAAGGUGAUUUUGAAAAUUGUCCAAAUGAUGGAAAAACUCUUUGUAAGUGGGAAGGAGAAACAGAAUUGGAAAGUGAUAAUUAUGUUAUAACUGAUGAAGAUCUCGGGACAUCUGCAAGCAGAGGUGAUUGGAUAAUGCUAAGAGAAAAAAAUGCUAAACAAAAAUUAAUUUUGUGUGGCAGGAAACCAUCACUCGCAAUCGGAUUUAAUAAAUCAUAUAGCACUGGUGUUAGCGGGCCUGUUGUAGGUAUUGAUUUAGGUACAACUAAUUCUUGUGUAGCGGUAAUGGAAGGUAAUUCACCAAAAGUGCUCGAGAAUUCAGAAGGUGCAAGAACAACUCCAUCAAUAAUAGCAAUAUCAAAAGAUGGUGAAUUAUUAGUUGGUCAAGCUGCUAAGCGCCAGGCCGUUGUUAAUCCAACAAAUACAAUAUAUGCCACAAAAAGAUUAAUAGGGCGUAGUUAUAACGAUAAAUCAGUUCAACAUGAUGCAAAAUCAGUCCCAUACAAAAUAAUAAAACAUUCAAAUAAUGAUGCGUGGGUUGAAGCUUCAGGGAAAAAAUACUCUCCUUCACAAAUUGACAGUUUGGCCAUUCAACGUAUUAGAGAAGCUGCAGAAAAAGCAAAAAUUGAACUUUCAUCGACCCUACAAACAGAUAUCAAUCUUCCAUAUAUUACAGCUGAUAACAGCGGACCAAAGCAUAUUAAUAUUAAAUUGACAAGAGCAAAGCUUGAAUCAUUGGUUAAGAAAUAUGUUGAUCGUACAAUUGAGCCUUCAUCAUCAGGUCUAACCAGUAAUGAAAUCAACAAGAUGAUAGAUGAGGCUGAAAAGUUUGCUGAAUCAGAUGCAAAACGUAAAGAUGUUAUUGAGGCAGCUAAUCAUGCAGAAUCAGCGAUUCAUGAAACAGAGAAAAAUUUAGAUCGAUUCAAAAAUGAAGUGGAUGCUGAGGGUGUCACUAAGCUUAAAGAAAAAAUAGAGAAAUUAAGAG